AUGGGUUUUGGGAAAAAUUUGCAGAAGCUCUUCGGAGGUAUGGUGGGUGCAGAUGAUGGGCCGCCCGAGUCGACGACACGAUGGGAGAGGGCCGUUUCGGCAUUGCACGGUCUAUCGCAGCAAGUUGCGAAAAUUGACCCAGAUGGCAUCGAUGUGUAUUGUUUUCCUGGUGCCAGUGGAGGUGUUGACAGAUACAGAAACAUAACAGACACGGAUUCGGUGCAUGGCAUGGUGUCUGCUCAUGACCCUGCGGGGCCUUGUAGGAUGGCCGAGGCAUUGAACAUGGCCUUCAAGAGCGCCGCGGCGCGAAGCGACAGUAAGCCAGUCUCCAUGCUCGUGAUCACAGCCGGUCAGCCCGACGAUGAGGAGGAGGUAAUCAGCAGUAUUAAGCAGGCGGUGGCAGAGCAGCACGGGUAUUUGACUAUAACUUUCGUGCACGUGGGAGACGAUCCCGACGCGGAGGCCUUCCUGAAGCACCUCGACGAAAACCUCACGGGCACCUCGGCCAGUGGCGCAGAGAUUGACAUCGUGGACACCGUCAAGGACGAGGACCUGAGAACGGCCAUGGCCGAGAUGCGCGAUCCAGAGUUCAAGGCUGGCAUGGCAAUCGGAGCUCUUCUGGGCGUGCUCGCGGGCGCUGCUGCAGGCGCCGGCGGCGCGUACAUGCUCGCCAAGAGGAACGCCGAAAAGCGGACCGUGGGUUGGAACGGCAGGUGGGAGGUUCUCAGCCACCCGGCGACACGCCCACGGGUGUGA